AUGAUUGCUGCCAAUUUCUCUGAUAUAAAGUCCAUCUUCGUUACAAAUAAUGGUGAUAUUUAUUAUGAUAAUGUUGAUAUGUAUCAUGAUAAAGGUAUCAUUUUUACUGCAAUUCGUUUCGAAAAUGGUCGAGUUGAUAAAUGGAUAUCAAAUACAAAUACUUCUGUUAAUGUCAUGAAUGUUGAUUCGCCAUGCUACGGUCUCUUUAUCGACAUUAAUGAUACUUUAUAUUGUUCAAUGUUUGAUCGUCAUAAAAUUGCGAAAAUAUGGUUAAAUGAUAGUAAAAUGAUAUCAACAAUUGUAGCGGGAAUAGGUUUUCGUGGUUCUGCUUCAAAUGAACUUUAUGGUCCUAUAGGAAUCUUUGUUGAUUUAAACUUUGAUUUAUAUGUGGCAGAUUCUUACAAUAAUCGGAUUCAACUAUUUAAGCAUGGAGAAUCAAAUGGAAUAACAAUAAUUGGAGAAGGAUCAUCGAAUAACAUUAUUUCACUCAGUCGUCCAUCUGGAAUUGUAUUAGAUGCUGAUAAAUAUCUUUUUAUUGUCGAUCGAGGAAAUCAUCGUAUAAUUAGGGCAGGAUCAAAUGAUAUUCGAUGUAUAAUUGGAUGCAAUGGAGAAGGAUCACAAUCCCAUCAAUUAUCAAAUCCAACAAGUCUUAGUUUCGAUAGUUAUGGAAACAUAUUUAUUCUUGAUAGCAACAAUCAUCGCAUUCAAAAAUUUGAUUACUUAUCGAAUUCCUGUGGUAAGUUCAAAAUAAUUGAAUAA